AUGCUUCCCAACAUUGCUGUCCCCGUUCUCAUGGCUUCGGCCGCUCUCGCAGCUCCUCACGCUACCCAGCUUGAGGAUCGCAGCACCGGUGGCAAAGUGCAGAACAGCGCCAUCGCUCGAUUCGACAACAGCAACAACAAGGAUGGCAGUGGCGCCGGCAAGGACGAGUACCGCAUGUAUUACGGCAACGGCAGCACUGGCAACGGCUGGCCCGACAAGAGCAAAUGGGUUUCCUUUGAGGAUAUGUUCAACAACAACAAGAAUGCCAUGUUCAACUCGUGCAGCUGGAUGGGUGUGCCCAACAACAGCGGCCCCGAAGUUGGUGCCAUCUAUGACGGUAUCCAAAAGAUCGCGUCGGAGACUGGUGUCGACCACCGCUUCAUCCUCGCCAUCAUCAUGCAGGAGUCGACCGGCUGCGUCCGCGUCCACACCACCGGCGGCUCCAACCACCGCAACCCGGGCCUGAUGCAGGACCACAACGGCUCCGGCACCUGCAACGACUACGGCAGCGUCCAGAACCCCUGCCCGAGCAGCACCAUCGAGCAGAUGAUCCGCGAGGGCACCGCCGGUACCAAGGACGGCGACGGCCUUGCCCAGUGCCUCAACCAGGCCAACCGCAGCGACGUCUCGGCCUUUUACCGCGGCGCCCGCUGUUACAACUCGGGCGACAUCCCCGACGACCUCAACUCGGACGGCACCCGCUGCUACGCCAGCGACAUUGCCAACCGCCUCACUGGCUGGGUCAAUGCCAACUCCAAGUGCAACCUGUAA